AUAGUUUGACGUAUAGUAGACACUUUGACAACAUACAACAGGAUUUAUUUUUAACAAUCUGAUAUCAAAUUAUUAGUUUAUCCAUAUUUGCAUUGAAAAAUUUUAAUCAAACAUUGAUAAUAUGUAGCUCUUUGUUGGGACAUAUACGUGUACUUUUUUAUAUUAAUCACAGUCGGUAAAUUUUUACUUUUUGGCGAUCCAUAUUUUUAUCAUUUACCGUAAAAUUAUUUUCCUGAUCAAUAUUUUAUUAUUAAUAGUUGAAAUUAGUAGCUAGACAAGUGAUUAAAAUGGAGGCUGCACCUAAAUUACCAAUGUUAUCAUUUGAUCUACUCCAUUGUACCGAUAAUGUCCACUUUGGAUCACAGCUAAAGAAAUAUAUUGCUACAUUCUAUGGUGAAGAUCCAGAUUCAUAUACAACGGAAAUAAAUAAUUUAGACUCGCUGAGAGCGGCUGCAGUUCGACCAUCUAUGGAUGUGAACGGCGUACAGCUAUUGAAAAAAUAUUAUUGUCAACUACAUUUUUUAAAAUCGAGAUUUCCAAUGGAGGAACAUCAAGAUGCAUCAGUUAAUGUUUCUUGGAAAAAUAAUCAAUUAGAUUUAAAUUAUUCAUCUAGUGAUAUUCAAUUUGAAUUGAUGGUAAUUAUGUACAAUAUUGGAGCUCUACAUUCAUUUUUGGGAUCUAGUGAUUCCCGAAAUAAUCCAGACGGUAUGAAAAUGUCAUGUACUCAUUUUCAAUGCGCGGCUUGGGCUUUUCAAACUGUUAAAGAAAAACAUUACCAGUACAUCGUAUAUCUUUCACUAGUAGAACUUAUACACUUUUUCCAACAAGUUUCUCUAGCUCAAGCUCAGGAAUGUAUUUUAGAAAAGAGUAUGUUUGAUAACAGGAAACCGACAAUUAUUGCAAAAGUUGCAGUUCAAGUUCAUGGUUAUUACAAACAAUCUUUACGUAUUUUGGAAUCUGUGAGUGAAGAUAAUUUCAGAGAUAAAUCGUAUAAAGAAUGGAUCAAAUAUUUGCAAUUCAAGUUAGCUUACUAUAAGUGCAUUUCCUUGCUAUUUCAAGGACAACAAGCUGAAGAACAACAGAAAAUGGGUGAAAGGGUGGCUUUUUAUCAGGCAGCGUCUGAACAACUCGAAGAAGCUAAAAAAUGGGCAGCCACAUACAAAAAUCAAACUCAUCAGCAAGAAAUUAACGAAGGGUUGGCAUUUACUCAAGAUGUGGUUGAAGGUAAAAGAAAGGCGGCCAAAAAUGAAAACGAAUAUAUCUAUCACGAAGCCGUACCAGAUAAAGAUCAACUACAAGAAGUUAAGGGUGCCUCUUUAGUCAAAGGGAUUCCAUUUAGCAUCAAUGAUACCGAGGUUUCUGGACCAGAUAUAUUUUCACGGUUAGUACCAAUGGAGGCACAUGAAGCAGCUUCUUUGUACAGUGAAAAGAAAGCCCAAAUGCUACGCCAAAUAGGUGAAUUAAUCGAAACUAAAGAUCAAUCUUUAGCUGAAUUUAUGUCUUCUAUGCAAUUGGACUUGUUGACUAAGAUGCAUCAAGCUACUGGUAUACCCCAGGAUCUUAUAGAUAGAGCUGCUGCUUUAUCUGCUCGACCCAACGCCAUUCAAGAUCUAAUAAGUUCUAUGGGAAAAUUGUCCAACAUUUAUCAAGAAGUUGAGGCGAAUUUGAACGAAAUAGACGCUCUACUAAAGUCUGAAGAAGAAGCCGAGAAGGGGUAUCAAGAACAAAUCGGAAAAAGACCCCCAAGUAUAUUAGCCACUGACCUUACAAGGGAAGCAGCGAAAUACAGAGAGGCCCAUACUAAAGCGAGCGAUUCAAAUCAAACAUUACAUAGAGCGAUGACUGCUCAUGUUGCCAAUUUGAAAAUAUUGCAGCAACCGCUGAAGCAAUUGCAGCUGCAGUUACCAUUUGUUGAAUUACCUAACCCGAAUAUUGAUGAAAAGUCCUUGAAAGAUUUAGAAACUUUGGUGGCAAGAGUAGAAGAAAUGCGCAAUCAAAGGGCUAUGCUAUGGGCACAACUCAGAGAAUCCGUUCACAAAGAUGAUAUAACCAGUUCGUUAGUAACCAAAUCUCCGAAUCAAUCUCUGGAGCAGCUUUUCCAACUAGAGCUACAAAAACAUCAACAGUUGAUAUAUUUGAUCGAACAAAAUGCAGCCGCCCAAGAAAAUAUUAAGAAAGCCCUAGUAGAUGCUUACGCCCAAGCUGUAACCACCAGAAAAUACAUUCAAGAUAUACUUCAAAAACGUUCCAUUACGAUCACAUCCUUAAUUGCAUCUUACGAUUCAUACGAAGAUCUAUUAUCGAAAGCCAAUAAAGGAAUAGAAUUUUACACUAAAUUAGAAAUGAACGUUUCAAAAUUAUUGCAAAGGAUCAAGAGUACUUGUAAGGUACAACAAGAAGAACGUGAUCAAUUGUUAUCGACAUCAGAAGCACCUAAAUGGGAAAAUCCUGCUACUUCGACUGCACCGAAAUUAAAAGAUUAUUUAGAUUCCAGAAAAAAUAUAUACCCUAAUCAAAAUGUUCAAUAUCCCCAACCAGCGGUUAAUUACAGUACCAAUAUGGAGUUACCGCCGGGUAUCCGUCCAAAUCCUGUAGGUUCUGAAGUUACAGAUUUACCAACUGCUAAAAAUUCCAAUGAAGAUUCGGUUAAAAAACUUCAAAAUUAUCCCCAGUAUUCAUACAGCAAUUAUAUUCCACAACCGUACACUCCUACAGCUUACGAACCAACCACCCAAACUUACAAUAGCAUUCAAUCUAACAUCAAUACUCAAUACGAUUGCUCCAAAGCUUAUACUACAACCACUAAUUCGUAUCCUUCAGCUCAAAGUUCUUCAUCCUCCGGUUUUAUUCAACAACAACAACCAGUUGCUCCUAAUAAUACCACUAAUUAUCAAUAUCAAAAUAUCCCAGUUACUGUCGGUGACCGGAAUGUUUAUUAUCCUCAAGGAUACAGCCCUAAUACGAAUUUACCGAACUCCAGUAACGUCCAGCUCGUAUCUGGUCAAGUAAAAUACCAUAAUGUGGAGUACGCUAGUUCAGUCCAACCUAAUCAAACCCCUAUUAACACUGGUUCAAUUUAUUCGUCACCUUUAACUGAUAUGUCCAGUAUAAAUACAACAAUUCCUUCGGAUCCUAAUUUUAUGACUGGUAGUUAUGGGUUGUAUUACAAUUCUAAUCCUUUGGGUGGCACGAAUCCUGUUAAAUCGAAUCAGUAUAUGAACCAAGCAAAUCCAACCGCUGGUUAUUCCACAGAUUCUGCUUAUUAUUCUGGGAUCCCUUAUGCCGCUUCCCAAGCGACGAUGGGACAGUUUUAUCAGAACGGAAGUAAUAUGCAGUUGUAUGCACAGGUGGAUCAAAAUAAACCUACAGCUUCACCUUCGCUAUCUGCACAGUACAAUACGAACCAGAACUAUAAUCAGUAUUAUCCCACUGGAAAUACUGUGCCUCUUCCUCAACAAGCAACAACUGGAACUUCUUUACCAAACCAAGGUCAAACAGUGAAUACUCAACCUACCAUAAAUUAUGUAUACGGUUCUUAUUACCCUAUAACUACCCAACCUAAUUAUAAUUACAAUGUAUCUACUCAACAACAACAACAGCCUGUAGCUGUUACGAAAUCGUCCAACAUCGAUUUAUUAAGCGGUCUCGACUUUAAUAUCAGCCAAGCUCCUCUGGUACCCCUGCAGAAUGUUGUUCUUAAACCUCAGGAAGUUGAACAGGAAACUAAAAGUGCUCCCACCCCUACGACGCAGCCAACGGUCGUCAGUCAAACACAGAAACCUUCACCGGAAGUGAAGAGACCAAACGUGAAAAUUUUACCGAGCAAACCGUUGAAUAACAAGGACGUUAAGAACUUGUUCAAUAACGAAUUGGAAAAGUACGAAAAAUUCGUCGAAACUUUGACGCAUAAAACUUUAAGCGGACCGACUACUUUGGACAUCAAAUGGAAAGAAAUACAGGAUCAGCAGGAUAGUGACUUACAGAAAAAAAUAAUUUCUGUCGCCAGAUGUUAUCCGAUGAAAAAUAGAUAUCCAGAUAUAUUGCCUUAUGAUUAUUCUCGGGUGGAAUUGUGUGAUAGCAAAGACGAUUACAUUAACGCCUCUUUUAUCAAGGACGUUUCUCCUUAUAUGCCUCCAUUUAUAGUAACCCAAGUUCCAUUGGCAGGAACAGUUGGAGAUUUGUGGACGAUGGUUAGAGAACAACAAGUGGAAUUGAUAUUGUGCCUACUAAGUGAUAAUGAGAUUGGAGACGACGUGUAUUGGCCGAAAGAGAAAGGACAAAGUAUAAAUGUAAUCAACAUGGUUAUCACUUUACAAAGUGUCAUCGUUAAAUCUCAUUGGAUAGAAAGACUGAUUUGUGUUAAUUUACCGGAAAAACGAGAAUCUCGUGUUGUGCUGCAUUUACAGUUUACGUCGUGGCCAGGCAGUUUAUUCCCGACAAAUCCCGAUGCAUUUAUUAGUUACAUAUUGGAAUCGAUAAACCUUUACCAACAACAGAAAUGUAAUACACAUCCUGUAGUGGUUCAUUGUUCUUCUGGAAUCGGACGAAGUGGAUUGCUCUGUCUAUUAACUGCUGCCAUAUUUGACGUUACAAACAACGCCAAUUCUAUACCUGAUCUAACCGCGUUAGGUAUCAAAUUAUCCAAUUACAGAAAAAAUAUCCUCAGAGAUAGGGAGCAUUUGAAAUUUGGCUACGAAUGUUUUUUGGCUUACAUAAAGUAUGUUGUUUCCGAAGAUAUGUUAAGAAAGAAGUUGAACGAACUAGAACCGAAGAAACAAGAAGAACCGGUUAUCGUUAAAACGGAAAAAAAUGUAGAUCCUUUGAGUACCUUGGAUCCGUUUUGGGCCAAUAAAAAGUAGUAUGUUUAAUUUAGUUAAGUAAUAUUGAAUAAAAUAAAAAUUUUAUUGCUACCUUUAUAUAAUAACUUGUAUCCCUUGUUGUAUGUCAAUUUGAUUAUUUUAAAAUAAUUACAUAACGCUGAUAAACUUGCAAGUAGAUUUAUUUAAAAAGUAUUAUUUAUUAAUAAAGUAUCUUCAUUGCAUUUCAA